CGGGAGCGUACAGCCGGCCGGACCUGGGCGAGCUGGUCUCCGAGCCGCCCUUCGGGCGCGGGCGGGAAGCCGGCCCCUCCGCACCUGUGCUGCGCCCUGCGCACCCUCCCCGGCAUGGCGCACGCGGAGGCGGGGGCUCGGGGCCACGGGGCCGGUCUGUGAGCCUCGCAUCCCAGGAGGCACCCGGCGCGCACGAUGACUUCCCCAGCGGAGGCGAGGGCGACAGCGAGGGCGACGGGGCGCGCGGUGGCCCUGGCGCUGCUGCUGCUGCUGCUGCUGCUGCUCUCCGCUGUGCGUGCGACCGCCCCGCCGCGACCCCUGCUGCCGCUGCAGCCCAGCAUGCCCCACGUGUGUGCCCAGCAGGAGCUGACCCUGGUGGGCCACCGCCAGCCCUGCGUGAGGGCCCUCAGUCGCGUGGUGUCGGUGUGGAAGCCGGGCUGUGGGCCGCAGGCUUGGUGCAUUGGCCAUGAGCGCAGAACUCUCUACUACACAGGCUAUAGGCAAGUGUAUGCUGUGGAGGCACGCACGGUGUUCCGGUGCUGCCCAGGAUGGAGCCAGCGGCCCGGCCAGGAGGGCUGCCUCUCCGCUGAAUGCACCGCAGGGCUCUGUUUUAAUGGCGGCCGCUGUGUGCCAGGCUCAGCUCAACUCUGCCACUGUCCCCGAGGCUUCCAGGGUCCCCGCUGCCAGUAUGAUGUGGAUGAGUGCCGUGCUCACAACGGUGGCUGCCAGCACAGGUGUGUCAACACCCCAGGCUCCUACCUCUGCCAGUGCAAGCCCGGUUUCCGACUCCACACUGACGGCAGGACCUGUCUGGCUGUCCACUCCUGUGCCCUGGGCAAUGGCGGCUGCCAGCACCAGUGUGUCCAGCUCACAGUGACGCGGCACCGCUGCCAGUGCCGGCCUGACUUCCAGCUCCAGGAGGACGGCAGGCGCUGUGUCCGGAGAGACCCGUGUGCGGAUGGGCGUGGCGGCUGCAUGCACACGUGCCAGGUGCUCGGGGGCCACGCCCACUGUGGAUGCCACGCAGGUUACCAGCUGGCUGCAGACCGCAAGGCCUGUGAAGACGUGGACGAAUGUGCCUCGGGGCUGGCCCAGUGUGCCCACGGCUGUCUCAACACUCAGGGGUCCUUCAAAUGCGUGUGCCACGCAGGCUACGAACUGGGCGCCGAUGGCCGGCAGUGCUACCGGAUCGAGAUGGAGAUUGUGAACAGCUGCGAGGCGGGCCAUGGCGGCUGCUCCCACGGCUGCUCCCACACCAGCGCAGGGCCCCUCUGCACCUGUCCCCAGGGCUAUGAGCUGGACGAGGACCAGAAGACCUGCAUUGACGUUGACGACUGUGCCGACGCCCCGUGCUGCCAGCAGGUGUGUGCCAACAGCCCCGGCGGGUACGAGUGCGGCUGCUACGCUGGCUACAGGCUUGGUGCUGACGGCUGCAGCUGCGAGGAUGUGGACGAGUGCGCCUCUGGCCAUGCUGGCUGUGAGCACCGCUGCACCAACCUGGCCGGCUCCUUCCGGUGCUCCUGCGAGGCUGGCUACCGGCUGGACGAGGACCACAGGGGCUGCACCCCCCUGGAGGAGCCCAUGGUGGACCUGGAAGGCCAGCUGCCCUUCGUGCGGCCCCUGCCCCACGUGGCGGUGCUGAGGGACGGGCUGCCGCGGCCCCUGCAGGACGACUAUGGAGCCGAGGAGGAGGAGGCGGAGCUGCGGGGAGAACACACGCUCACAGAGAAGUUUGUCUGCCUGGGUGACACGUUCGGCCAGGACUGCAGCUUGUCCUGCGAUGACUGCAGGAAUGGAGGGACCUGCCGCCCAGGCCUGGACGGCUGCGACUGCCCCGAGGGCUGGACCGGGCUCGUCUGCAAUGAGACUUGUCCUCCAGACACCUUUGGAAAGAACUGCAGCUCCCCCUGUGGCUGCCAGAACGGAGGGACCUGCGAUCCCGUGACGGGUGCCUGCCGCUGUCCUGCGGGUGUCAGUGGGACUCACUGUGAGGACGGCUGCCCCAAGGGCUUCUAUGGCAAACACUGUCGCAAGAAAUGCCACUGUGCCAACCGGGGCCGAUGUCACCGCCUCUAUGGGGCCUGCCUCUGUGACCCGGGGCUCUAUGGCCGCUUCUGCCACCUCGCCUGCCCGCCCUGGGCCUUCGGGCCGGGCUGCUCCGAGGAGUGCCUCUGCGAGCAGACCCACACGCAGUCCUGUGACCGGAGAGAUGGCAGCUGCCUCUGCAAGGCCGGCUUCCGGGGCAAGCGGUGCCAGGCAGAAUGCGAGCCGGGCUUCUUCGGGCCAGGAUGCCAGCACGCGUGCCCCUGUCCCCCGGGCGUGGCCUGUGACCCCGUGAGCGGCGAGUGUCGGGAGCAGUGUCCUGCUGGCUUCCAGGGGGAGGACUGCAGCCAAGAGUGUCCGGAGGGGACAUUUGGUGUGAACUGCUCAGGCUCCUGCUCCUGUGGGGGUGCCCCCUGCCACCGGAUCACAGGGCAGUGCCUGUGCCCACCUGGCAGGACCGGGGAGGACUGUGGGGCAGAUUGUCCCGAGGGCCGCUGGGGGCUCGGCUGCCAGGAGAUCUGCCCUGUGUGUGAGCACCGUGCCCGCUGUGACCCUGAGACGGGCGCCUGCCUGUGCCUCCCUGGCUUCGUGGGCAGCCGCUGCCAGGACGUUUGCCCCGCAGGCUGGUUUGGACCCAGCUGCCAGAUGAGAUGCUCUUGUGGCAACGAUGGGCACUGCCACCCGGCCACCGGCCACUGCAGCUGUGCCCCGGGGUGGACCGGCCUGAACUGCCAGAGAGCCUGUGACAGUGGACACUGGGGGCCUGAUUGCGCCCACCCCUGCAACUGCAGCCAUGGGAGCUGCGAUGCCCUGCGCGGCCUGUGCCUGUGUGAGGCUGGCUACGUGGGCCCGCAGUGCGAGCAGCGGUGUCCCCAGGGAUACUUUGGACCCGGCUGUGGGCAGCGGUGCCAGUGCGAGCACGGGGCAGCCUGUGACCACGUCAGCGGGGCCUGCACCUGCCCGGCGGGCUGGCGGGGCAGCUUCUGUGAGCGUGCCUGCCCGGCUGGCUUCUUCGGGCUGGACUGCCGCAGCCCCUGCGACUGCUCCGCCGGGGCCACCUGCGACAGCGUGAACGGCUCCUGCAUCUGCCCGGCUGGCCGCCGGGGCCCCCGCUGCACCCAGACUUGCCCAGCCCUCACCUACGGCCUUCACUGCAGCCAGGCCUGCACCUGCUUCAACGGGGCCUCCUGUGACCCUGUCCAUGGGCACUGCCUCUGUGCCCCCGGCUGGAUGGGGCCCACCUGCCUGCAGGCCUGCCCCGCUGGCCAGUACGGCCAGAGCUGCCAACAAGCCUGCCUUUGCCAGAACGGAGGGAGCUGUGACCCUGUCUCAGGCCACUGCACGUGCCCCGAGGGCUGGUCUGGCCUGGCCUGUGAGAAUGAGUGCCUCCCUGGACGCCACGGAGCUGGCUGUCAGCUCAGCUGCAACUGCCUCAAUGGAGGGGUCUGUGACAGGCACACGGGCCACUGCCUCUGCCCUGCUGGCUGGACUGGGGUCAGGUGCCAGAGCUCUUGUGCCGAGGGCACCUUCGGGGCUCACUGUGAGGAGCGCUGCCCCUGCCGGCGGGGAGCCGCCUGCCACCACGUCACAGGGGCCUGCCUCUGCCCCCCAGGAUGGAGGGGCUCGCGGUGCGAGGAUGCCUGUCCACACGGCUGGUUUGGAGAGGCCUGUGCCCAGAGCUGCCGCUGCCCACCCGGCGCCUCCUGCCACCAUGUCACUGGCGAGUGUCACUGUCCUCCCGGCCUCACUGGGCCUGGCUGUGAGCAGGCCUGCUGGCCCGGCACCUUUGGAGAGGACUGUCGGCAGCUCUGCCAGUGUUCUGGCAAGAACCAGGCCUGCCACCCUGCCACGGGGGCCUGUGUGUGUGUGGCCGGCUACCACGGCACCAGCUGCCAGAAACGAUGCCCGCCUGGGCGCUACGGGCCAGGCUGUGGACAGGUGUGUGGGUGUCGGAACGGGGGCUCCUGUGACGCGGCCACAGGGUCCUGCCACUGUGCGCCCGGGUUCCUCGGAGCCGACUGCAGUCUGCCCUGUCCACCGAGCCACUUUGGCCCCAACUGUGCCCAUGUGUGUGCGUGUGGACAGGGGGCAGCCUGUGACCCUGUGACCGGUGCUUGCAUCUGCCCCCCAGGGAGGACUGGAAUCCACUGUGAGCACGGCUGCCCCCAGAACCGGUUUGGCGUGGGCUGUGAGCAGCGGUGCACCUGCAGAAACGGAGCCCUGUGCCACAGCGCCAACGGCAGCUGCUCCUGCAGCCCGGGCUGGACGGGGCUGCACUGCGAGCAGCCCUGUCCGCCAGGGCGCUAUGGCGCUGCCUGCCUCCUAGAGUGCUCCUGUCAGAACAACGGCACCUGUGAGCCCACCACGGGCGCCUGCCACUGCGGCCCUGGCUUCUACGGCCAGGCCUGCGAGCACCCCUGUCCCCCCGGCUUCCGUGGAGCUGGCUGCCAGGAGGCCUGUGAGUGUCAGCAGGGAGCCCCCUGUGACCCUGUCAGUGGCCAGUGCUUCUGCCCAGCCGGCUUCCAUGGCCAGUUCUGUGAGAGGGGGUGUGAGCCGGGCUCAUUCGGAGAAGGCUGCCACCAGCGGUGUGGCUGUGAUGGUGGGGUGCCCUGUGACCCCGUCAGCGGCCUCUGCCUGUGCCCACCAGGGCGCUCGGGAGCCACGUGUGACCUGGAUUGCAGAGGGGGCCGCUUUGGGCCCGGCUGUGCUCUGCGCUGUGAGUGUGCUGCUGGGGCUGACUGUGACCCCGUGAGUGGCCAGUGCCACUGUGUGGACGGCUACCUGGGGCCCACGUGCCGGGACGGUGGACCCCCCCAGUUCCUCGAGAGCUGGUCACCAGCUCAGGGCUCAGUGCCCACACAGCCAGUCUCCAGCAGACAGGUACCCGGCUCCACAGCAGGGCCACAAGGCACUAGCUGAGGCGGCCCCUGGCAUGGAGGCCCUGCCACCAAGCUCCAGCCAAGGGACCCAGACCUUGGUGAUACAAGAGGACAUGCGUGGACCGAGGACUCCUGGCCCUCCCCAGAGGGCUGUGGACAGCUGUGGGCCUCAGUGAAGGGCUGUGGACAGCUGCACAGCCUCUCAAUCAGUCAGGGCCCUGUGUCUGUGAGGAGGAAGCCUCAUGUGACCACAAGGAGCCAGGGCAGUGGACUGGACCUCAGGCUGCAUCGUCCAUAUCAGGCACCUGGCAGACUAUGCCGAGGACACCCUGACCCUCCCUGCAGCCUGGGCUACCCUCCGCAGGUCCUUCUGGUGCUAGGCCCUGGACUGCUGCAGCCUGGUUGACUGUCCACCUGCACGUGUGGCCUGGCCUGUGUUUAUGUGUAGGUAUUUAUGGGCAGUGCCACAGGCUCUGCUGCCCUGGGUCAGCUGGAAGCUGCCCAUCCCAGGAAGCCUGGACUCAGCUGGCAGGGCCCCGGGUCCCCAGCAGAUGUGCUCAGGUUCUGUGUAAAGCCCGGUGAGUUAAGGUAACGGUGGCUUUCUGUGGCCUUUGUCUUUGCUGCUUUCCGCCAGUCCUGCGUGGGUUCUGAUGGGCUCUUCCCCAGACCAGGUGGCAUGAGGGUCUUGGACAGGAACCUCCCCCUGAACAGGAGACCCUUCCUGGGGAUGGGGCCACACGCAUCACGUUGGGGCCCCUCCCAGGCUCCAGAGCUGUAGAGGACGCUGGGCUGCUUCAGGCUGAGGCCCGCAUGCUCCUGGCCAAGGCGCCUUCUCAGAACCUGAGGGUGACUCGUCCUACAGCCUGUGUGUAGGAAGAGUGGCCUGGAGGGAAGAGAGCAGGCCUGGUGUGGAGGGGAUCCUGGGUGGAGGCCGAGCGCACCCCCAGCCCUCCCCAGGUCCCGGUGGGCAUGAGGUAUGGGCAGCAUCACGGGGGACAGGCCCCCUGAGGGCACAGUGCUCACCAGCGGAUGUCAAAGCAGAGAUGGACCGGUGGCUCCUUCAGAUGGUGGGGCAGCUGGUGGGGAGGGACCCAGACUGUGAAAGGACACCUUGCCCCGAGUCUCCUCCCCUGCUCUCACCUGGAGAAGGCCCCUGCAGGUCUGGGCUGCAGCCCGACUGCCUUCCCUCUGCCAUCAGCCGAGGCAUCGAUACCCCCAGGGCACAGGGUCUCAAGGGACAAAGUGUGGAUUCCUCUGAGUUCAAUCCUCAGUGUCAGAAAACAAACAAACAAACAAAAAACCCUACUAAUUGACUAAUGGGGAGAAAAAAGACCCAACCGAUCCAUUUCAUUUCUAAAAAGUCAUGCAGAGAAAGGCUGGGAGAGUUUCAGUAUUUCAAGGUGACAAGCACUGUCUAUAAAUCUGUAUCUCUAUACACACACGCAUACAGAAGAGAGGUUCGGAAAUUCACGGAGCCAUGAUGGAUAGACCAGGAAGAAAUAAAUGCCUCUUAACUGGUGGUUUUAAUGUGCUCUUCACAAAAACCAAUAGUGUAAGCAAGUAGGAGGGCGGGUGCGACCUGAGUAGCUAGGCGAUGGGUCUUCAUGUCAGACACGUGCACAUCCGUGCUUCCUCUUGUGAACAUCAUGCUCAGCAAAUGAAGGGAAAUGGAACAUUGAAGAAAAACAAAAUUUCCUUCUUUGAAGACUAAUAAAAAAACGUAGAAGACCAACAUGAAACAAGAAAAGAAAUGCAGGAGGGGAUGAACUCACACGCGGUAGAGUAAAGCUUACGAAAGAGUGAGUGUCUUUAAGACGGGAAGACGGGGAGCCAAGGGGAGGCAAGCGGGGCUACACCAGCCACUGGCAUGAACACGUGGAGAGAAAGCCGGCACCUUCGCUCCGCACCACCUGGGCCAUGCUUGACACACGUUGGCACAUGAACACCUGAAGACACCCCAGACUCUUGAACGUGACUUGUUCCAGGGACUCUGAAUAGAGGAGUCUCCCGGGGCUCUUACCAGUGACUCUAAAACCAGGCGAGCGUGGGAUAGGAAAGCUCACGAGAUCCUCAGUGAGCAGCAGCUAUCCAAAUACAAGUGUUCGAAACCAACGUCAGGGCCGGGGAGCGUGGCUCAGUGCCGGAGCACUGGCCGAGCCUGCGUGGGGCCCUGGGCUCAGUCCCAGUACCAUCAAACAAACACAAAACCAGCCAAUGUCCUGAUCCAACGUAAGGUGCAAAGGCAGAACUCAGGCCACAGUGUUGGAGAAGAUUUGUUCAGUACCUGCUUGACGCCAGCUCUUGGGAAACUGGGUUCAGAAGGGACACUGAUGGUGGUGACCAUGUGCCAAGAUCAUGGUUAGUGGAGAAAUGAAUGAAUCUGGGUCUGCCCACUCGCCGCCCCGGGCCUCCUGCGCCCCCGUGACCACCAUGGCAUCUGCUUCAGCUCCCACCUCUCCGUCCCACCUCCCCCACCACAACGCAGGUCUGGGGAGGAAGGGGCUUGCCAGCUGCGUGCCGGACACCCUGGACGUGGACCAAGACUUAGAAAACAAAGCCUGCAUCCCCACCCUGCCCCGUCCAGAGCUGAGGCCGGGACAACAGGGUCAGAUGAGCCAGGUGUGAGGCUCUGUGGUGAGACGAACUUGCUGUGAUUUUCAGGGGCCUGGAUUGUCUUUCUAGAAAACCCUAAGGGCCAGCAGGUGGGUGCAGUUAAUAAGACUCAUCAAGGUCGGCAAUAAAGCCAUAUGUCAAAUAAACGUGUACGACUUAUAAAACCUUCAGAAGUCACCAGUCUUUCAACAUAAAUCAUGGCCAAGUAGGAAACAGUUCAGGACACCAUCGCCAUGGCAACAAGCCCACAUGUAGGUGGGCACGUGCCUGGCACGAGGAUCUCUACUCUGGUAGAGUUUUUAAAGACCUAAAAAGAAGGCCUGAAAAACGUCAGCAAGGGACAACUGAUGUGACAGAGGUGACCUCCUAGUCCUUUACACCUGACAUGAUUCCACCCGGCAACAGAGUACACAGCUGGCAUCUGGAGGAGCCACCUGCGGUGUCUAAAAUGGUCCAGGGUCAGAUGUCAAGGGCAGAUGGACAGAGGCAGAGGUGAGGAAAUGAGCUGAGUUUCACAGACGUGCCAAUGUACAUGUGGGGCAGGGCAGUCUGGCUACCCCCAGACAUCUGCUCGUGGAAGCCCUGAUGUGCUCUUGACCCCGAGUGGAAGCUGGGUUCUUGUGUCUCUGGGAUCCCUGGGCUGGUGUCCAAGGGUCUGACCAGCAGUACCUCUAUUGGCCAGCAGGGGCGCCCAAGGUCGCAUCCCCUGCCUGGCGGGCAGAGUGUGAAGGGCAGAGGGAGGAGCUGGAACCCAGAUGUGCAGAGCAGCCCAGAUGAUCCCAAAGUGGGGCCGGGAGAAUGGGCCCUGUGGACAGGCCUCCUCCACGGGGCCACCUCCGCAAGGGAGGAGGAGGAGGGCGGCCCUCACUGUGGUUGCUGAUGAUCCUGCCAGAGUCCAUGCUGCCCUCUCGGGGCUGGGCGCUGAUGUUUGCUGAGAUGGACCACAGCCCUUGUCCCUACUGCCCUUCAUAUGCAGGCUUAAGGUUACCCCAGGCUGGCCAGAUCCCUGCAGUGGGCUGGAACACCAGGAACCUGUCUGG